UUAACUAGGUGCCAGAUAUUGCAAUUUUAUCUUUUCGGGUGCUAGAUAUUUUUGUAUUCCUAUAAAUGUUGUUGAGCUUUCUUCUGGGACACAGUUAAGUUACUUGGAAACAGUCUGACUUUCUUUCAAGUUUUUCUUUUAAUAUUUGUUAGGUGGGAAUGGAGCAGUGUUUAGUUUGGGAUAUUCCCUAUUUCUGAGGCAAGCCCCUUCUGGGUAUUAUAACAAAUGCCCCAUGAAUUAUGAGAUUUUCUAGUUUGGCUGGUGGAAAUAGGCCCUGUGUGAGCUCUGGGUACUGUGAACCCCAGUCUUUUUGUUUUUUUUUUUUCUCUGGACUCAGGUAGUUUUCUCAUGUGCAUGUGUUUGACUGGUACUCAGCUGAAAAUGUGAGAUGGACCCUCCUCAGAUCUUUGGUGUUCUUUCUUUGUAUAGCUCUCGCCUCUCCAGUUCUCUGUCCUGUGAACUCCAGCUGCUUUGGUCUUCCUGGACUCUUAGCUCCUUCUCCUCAAUUCAGGGAAUCCUCUGGGCACUGCCCCGAUCCCCCCUCCCUGCAUGGUGGCCUGGAAACUCUCAGUGCAGCAAACUGGGGCAAUCGUAGGGUUCACCUUGUUUCCCAUCUCUCAGGAAUCACCGUCCUUCAUUGCCUGAUAUCCAGUGCCUUAAAAGCCAGUUUUUUAUUUCAGACAGAAAGGUAAUUUUAGUCCUUGUUUUGGAAGAGAUGUCAGGAUGACAGAAGACUGAUAGCUCAGCAGCCUGAAGUUUAGAGUUUCAGUGUCCUAUGAUGGGGAAGACUGUGGGAGGAGCAGGUUUGGUGGUGGUGGGAAUGGUGGGAAAGUCAUGAUAAAUUUGAGGAGCUCAUUGGACAUUGGAGUGAUAUCAGAGAGGCAGUUGGAUAUGUGAGUCUGGAGUCAGGGGAGAGAGUUAGGCAGGGGAUGUGCGUUUGUGUCUUAUUAGUAUGUAGAUGGUAUUUACAACCGUGAUACUGGGUGAGAUCCCCAAGGGAGUAUAGCUAGAGUAUUGUAUUAAUCAUGUUUCUUUUUCUUGUACUUUCUGAUCCUUUGACAUGGUGGGGCCUUGCUGACACUGGAAGAACUGCCCCUCUUAGGGUUAACUAAUUCCUGGAGAUAGCAAACAACUCUCCUGGGAGCAUGCCUUGCAUAUGCAAACCAACCAAUCUAGGGCCUACACCCACUAACCACCUCCUCUGUCAGCUCUUAGACUCUGGACCACUAUCUGUCUGCCCUUAUCACCCCAGGGCCAUGAACCAAACAACUAGGGACAGCCCCUAUGCCCCAAAGCCCACUAAAAUUAUUCAAAAUAGCCAAUCUUAAGCCUGCUUACCCUGCCUCACCCAUUCUUUCCCAUGGAAUCCACAAUAAAAGCUCUCACCCACAUUUUCCCCUUGCUCCCUGUGUCUCGUGGCCAACCCUGGUGCUUCUCCGUGUGGCCCUGCAUGGCAUGCCAAGCCUCCUGCGUCAGGGAACUGUGCACCUCCGUUCUGCCAGGCGUCUCUGUGAGCUCUGCUGUGCCAACCGGGGCACCUUCAUCAAGGUGGGCCAGCACCUGGGGGCCCUGGACUACCUGCUGCCCGAGGAGUACACCAGCACGCUGAAGGUGCUUCACAGCCAGGCCCCGCAGAGCAGCAUGCAGGAUGUCCGCCAGGUCAUCCGCGAGGACCUGGGCAAAGAGAUCCAUGAUUUGUUUGUGAGCUUCGACGACACCCCCCUGGGGGCUGCCUCCCUGGCCCAGGUCCACAAGGCAGUGCUGCGUGAUGGGCGGACGGUGGCCGUGAAGGUGCAGCACCCAAAGGUGCAGGCUCAGAGCUCGAAGGACAUUCUCCUGAUGGAGGUGCUCGUCCUGGCCGUGAAGCAGCUGUUUCCAGAGUUCGAGUUCAUGUGGUUGGUGGACGAAGCCAAGAAGAACCUGCCUUUGGAGCUGGAUUUCCUCAACGAAGGGAGGAACGCCGAGAAAGUGGCCCAGAUGCUCAAGCACUUUGACUUCUUAAAGGUCCCUCGAAUCUACUGGGAUCUGUCCACCAAGCGGGUCCUUCUGAUGGAGUUUGUGGAUGGCGGGCAAGUCAAUGACAGAGACUACAUGGAGAGGAACAAGAUCGAUGUCAAUGAGAUCUCGCGCAACCUGGGCAAGAUGUACAGCGAGAUGAUCUUUGUCAAUGGCUUCGUGCACUGCGACCCCCACCCGGGCAACGUGCUGGUGCGGAAGCGCCCGGGCACGGGAGAGGCAGAGAUUAUCCUGUUGGACCACGGGCUCUACCAGGUGCUCACGGAAGAGUUCCGCCUGGACUACUGCCACCUCUGGCAGUCGCUGAUCUGGACGGACAUGAAGAGGGUGAAGAAAUACAGCCAGCGCCUGGGAGCCGGCGAUCUCUACCCCUUGUUCGCCUGCAUGCUGACCGCCCGGUCGUGGGAUGCCGUCAACAGGGGCAUCGGCCAAGCUCCAGUGACUGCCACUGAGGACUCAGAGAUCCGCAACAAUGCGGCCAACUACCUGCCCCAGAUCAGCCAGCUCCUCAGUCACGUGCCACGCCAGAUGCUGCUCAUCUUCAAGACCAACGACCUGCUGCGUGGCAUUGAGGCCGCUCUGGGCACCCGUGCCAGCGCCAGCUCCUUCCUCAACAUGUCACGUUGCUGCAUCAGAGCGCUGGCCGCGCACAAGAAGAGGAAUACCUGUUCGUUCUUCAGAAGGACCCAGAUCUCUUUCAGCGAGACCCUCAGCUUAUGGCAGAUCAACCUUCAUGAACUCGUUCUGCGUGUGAAGGGGCUCAGGCUGGCCAGCUGGGUCUUGGCCCUGCUUUGCUGGCUGUUGCCUGCUCCACACUGAGUGGACUUACUGCCCUCUUCCCCUUUACAGUGUGACCCUAUGGUGGGCAAGAGGUCUUCCUCACUCCUCUCUUUCCUCAUGUCUCAGUUGCGCCGUUUCUGCCACAUGGUGGCCUGGAGCCCCACGGUCACUGUCCGUGGCCCCGUAUAUUCCACCUCUGGAAUUCCUCUCCCCCACUGUAGCCCUUGUCUCUGGGCCCACAUGCUGUACCAUGCAAUAGGUUUCUCUGCUUAUCCAGGGAGAAGGUACCGCUGUCUACUUUCCCACUCCUGGUAUGUGCCAUUGGGUUGGAUGCCUCCCACUUCCGUUAACCGUUCCUAUUGUCAGGAGGGACCAUGAUUCCCACUGAGAGCAUAUUUAACUUGUAGGAAGUUUGACUUUGUUGGAGGGGUGCAUGGUCUCUGAGCUCGCUAGAGAACAGGUUCCCUCUCCUUGCCCUUCACUCCCCGUAGGGAUCACCCCUUCGCAAGGUGCUUGGCACCUGAGGCAGGCUCUGUUGAGUCGUGGUGACCCCUUUGGUGUUUUGUGUGCUGAAUUUCAAUAAAAACCCUUCAGGUUGCAGGGCAGGGCUUGGUCAGUGGGAUUUUUAUUCUAGGUUGUGAGUGAAUCCUCUGUGGCCAUUAGGUAAGAGUUGACCUGGACGCCACAUGCCAUUGUGAUCUGCUUGGCUUCUUGCCCCUGUAUCCUUCAGCCUUCCACUGUGGGGCCACUUCCUGCUCCUUGUAGGUUCUGUCCCUUUCCGGGACUGAGCGCUUGGUCGGAAGAGUUGAGGAGACCGAGGCCAGGAACUCGGAGGCUCAGCUGAAACCAUGGACUUUCGUUCCCGUGGGUUCUCACCUCAUUCUCUGUGACCUGGGCACCCGUCUUGUUCUACUAAUUGCUUCCUGACUUGACCCUUUGGUUCGUCAUUCGAAGCACCCAGUCCUGAAGACUAGUCUAAACCCGUCACUGUGACUCAGUCACUCUGAAACCUGCUUGUCCCCUGCCUGGACUCUGUUCUCCCACCUUAUUGCCUGCUGUCAGCCUGCCCCUUGCCCAGCUCGAUCAUCUGCUCCUGUUCCUGGGAGCCCCAGACUCCUGCUCUAACUCCUGAUCUGUGGUCUCAGGUCCCCAAGACCUCAGAUUUGGCUGGUCCUCGCUCCCACUGAGCACCCAUGCUCACAGACAGUAAUUGUAUUUGAGUCUCUCUGACCUUACUUCACCCCACUCGUGGGACACAAAAACCUCGAAUUUGAGUCUCAUUUUCUGUUCUCUUUAUUCAUGAUACAACAAGCAGAUUUUCCACUGACCAGAGAUGAUUGCAAUCCCUUUAUUUCCUGAAAGAAUUAAUUGUUCUUAGUGACCAGUUGGAUGCACCCAGGGACCUGAGAGAAUAAUUUGCAAGAUCUGUUGUUAAUCACGGGGAUGCAUGCUGCAUAUUAUAUUUUAUGGUGUCUUUUAUAGGCACUGAAGUAAAUAUAAAUGUCCUUUUUGUUCAAGGUAAUUGUUACUUGCUUUUCGCUUUUGGUUUAAUGGUUGGCUUCCUGCUGGCCUGGGAUCUAAAACAUCAGCAUGUUGCCAGUGGGCCCAGCACCCAGAACAGAUAUCCAGGGAGAACAGAGAGGCUGGGAGAGUUUGGUACAGGGCAGUUUGAAAAUAGGAAGAGAGUAGGCUGAUGAUUAUUGAGUGCCUUCCACGUGGAAGAGAACACGCUACGCUCUGUGUAAGUAAGGUAUACCAUUGAAUUGUCCUAUUAACUCUAUGAGGGGGAGGGUCAUUAGCCUUAUCUUACAGAGAUGGGACCCAAGGCUCAGACGGGUUUAGCAAUUUGCCUGAAGUCACACAGCUGCUAAGUAGUGGUCCACGCUUUGUUUUUUAUUCCAUAGUGCUGUAGAUAUAGAUUAUACUUGCUCUUUGGGCUGUCAUAUGUGCCUUAAUUUGGGUCCCAAACAUCCUGAUUUCAGAGGAAAUUGGAUUUUCACUGGAGGUGGAGGAGUGGAUGGGUAAAGGAGACAAAAAGUCCUGGAAAAUUCAGACAGUCCAGCAUUUUCUCUGGGGCCCAAGACAGGAUGGACCUGGACCACUAUGAUCUGUAAUGCAAUUCUGACACUGACCACCCAGAGUUAGUGCAGACUCCACAGGCUUAAGGGCAUCAUUCCCCGUAAGACUGCCCUCACUUCAGACACAAGCUGCAGGUUUGGGGGUCCCAAGAACACUUGCAAUUCUGAGAAACUGACUACAAAUUCAGAGGUUCCCCUAACCCCUUCAGGUUCAAUAAUUUGUGAGAAUGACUCACAGAACCCAGGAAAUCACUAUAUUUGUGAUUACAGUUUUAUUAUAAAGGAUACAAAUCAGGACCAGCCAAAUGAAGAGACACAUAAGGUGAGGUCCAGGAGGGUCUUGGAUGCAGAGCUUCCAUGUCCUCUCCCACAGAAUCAGGACGCAGCACCCUCUCGGCGUAUCAGUGUGUUCACUGAGCUUCAGUGUUCAGAGUUUUUAUCAGGGUUUCAUGACAGAGACACUGUUGAGUGAACCAUUGACCACAUGCUUGAACUCAAUCUCCAGCCCCUCGCCUCUCCCCAGAGAGAUGGGGCUGCUAUCACCUCCAUCCUGAGUCACCUAGUGUAAACUCAGGUGUGGUCCAAGGGGCAUACCAUAGAUAUCAGAGAUGCUCCUAUCACUGAGAAAGUGCAAAGAGUUAGAGGUUCUUUCCCAGGAACCAGGCACCAAGACAAAUUAUUAUGUAACAGUCACUCUUGUGUCUUCUCAUCCUGUGCACUUGGCCUGAUCUGCAUCUUUAUCCACUGACCCCUGGCCUGUGCCUUCUGCUCAGCCUGGGUGGAGCUAUCUCUGGAGCCCAGAGCCAUAGCAGGAGGUUCUCUCCUGGUGUCUAUUCUGUGCUUCAGAGAUAGCUCGCGUGAGCUUCCAUGUGGGACCUUUGCCCUGCUCCCUUCUUUGUCCUGGGGAACUUGCCAUGAACUCGUUUGGGUGUGGUGCUUCCCAAUAAAAUCCUGCAACUUUUUCUCCUACAGUGACAAUGUGUCAGGAAGGCACCACCAGCUUACUUUGAAGAGUGUUUUCUCUUUUAACACAGGAUACUUAGUCAUUUCAGGUGUUGGCUUCUUUGAUUUGGGGAACGUGGCUAUUUUUCCUCCCUUCCUCUUCCUCUUCUCAGGCGGAGGAGAGAGGAAUUCUAACUCUACAUUCCAUUUGGUCGGGAGACUCUCAGAUAUAUGCCCAGCUCAUAGUAGGAGCAAAUGUCCUGGCUUGUAGUCAAUACUCAAUAAACAAGCAAAUAUUUAGAAUCUCAGAA